ACGACGCCUGUUGCGAAACAAGCUGCUGCGAACGAAGUGGACGUUGAGAUCGGUUUCUGGGGACGGUGUAUUGGGUCAUUGUUCACGGCAUUUGGUAGGUCCUCCUCCCAUAACCUAGCAUCUCCCCGCUCCUGAACAAACCCAACGAUGGCUGAGAAGCUCACACGUAUCGCUCUUGUCAGCACUGACAAGUGCAAGCCAAAGAAAUGUCGGCAGGAGUGCAAAAAGUCGUGCCCCGUAGUCAGGAUGGGGAAACUCUGCAUCGAGGUAACACCCAACUCGAAGAUCGCCUUCAUUUCCGAAGAGCUAUGUAUAGGUUGCGGUAUCUGUGUGAAAAAGUGUCCCUUCCAGGCUAUUCACAUUGUCAACUUGCCCACCAACCUCGAGAAAGACACUACCCACCGCUACUCGGCAAACUCCUUCAAGCUUCACAGAUUACCAGUGCCACGACCGGGGCAGGUAUUGGGGUUGGUGGGUACCAACGGUAUUGGCAAGUCGACCGCAUUGAAGAUUCUUGCCGGACGAUUGAAGCCGAAUUUGGGGAAGUUUGACGACCCACCAGACUGGGAAGACAUUCUCAAAUAUUUCCGGGGUUCUGAACUCCAGAACUACUUCACCAAGAUUCUUGAAGACAAUCUCAAAGCUAUCAUCAAACCCCAGUAUGUCGAUCAUCUCCCAAAGACGGUGAAAGGAAAAGUGAACGAGAUCCUGACGGCAAAACAGGAGCUAGACAACAGAGACUUCCUGAUUGACCAGCUGGAUUUACAGGACGUUUUGGAACGUAACAUUGAGAAUCUCUCUGGAGGAGAGCUGCAGCGGUUUGCCAUUGCAGUGGCCUCAGUGCAAAGAGCGGAUAUUUACAUGUUUGACGAACCCUCGUCCUAUCUCGAUGUCAAGCAGCGUUUGAAUGCCGCCCGGGUGAUCCGAUCCUUACUGCACCCAACCUCGUACGUCAUUGUCGUGGAGCACGAUUUGUCCGUUCUCGACUAUCUAUCAGACUUUAUUUGCGUCCUUUACGGUAUGCCGUCUGCGUACGGAGUCGUCACACUGCCUUUCAGUGUGCGGGAAGGUAUCAACAUCUUCUUGGAUGGGAAGGUUCCAACCGAAAACUUGCGGUUCCGUGAUGAAUCACUAGUGUUCAGGUUGGCAGAAACGGCUGAGGACAACAGCGAGAACGAAAAGAUGCGCAGGUUCCGCUACCCACACAUGAAGAAGACUUUGGGAGACUUUUCUUUGGAGAUCGAGGCGGGGCAGUUCACCGAUUCGGAAAUCAUUGUCAUGUUGGGACAAAAUGGAACGGGGAAAACCACGUUCAUUCGUAUGCUAGCUGGUAUUCUGCCUGCUGAUACUGAAGAACAGGUGCCAGAGUUGAAGGUGUCUUACAAGCCUCAGAAGAUCAGUCCUAAGUACCAAGGCACCGUAAGGAUGUUGUUGAUCAGCAAGAUCAAAGGCAUGUUUAUGCACCCACAAUUCCAAACGGACGUCAUCAAGCCUUUGCAAAUUGAAAACAUUAUUGACCAACAAGUGUUGACCCUCUCUGGUGGUGAAUUGCAACGUGUCGCUAUUGUGCUAGCGCUUGGUCUUCCCGCGGACAUCUAUUUGAUCGAUGAGCCGUCAGCCUAUCUUGACUCUGAACAACGUAUCAUUGCCGCUAAGGUGAUCAAGAAGUUUAUCUUCCACUCCAAGAAGACUGCGUUCAUUGUCGAGCACGAUUUCAUUAUGGCAACGUAUCUUGCCGACCGUGUAAUUGUAUACGAGGGUCAGCCUUCCGUCAAGGCCAAAGCCAACAAGCCCGAAUCGCUAUUGACCGGAAUGAACAAGUUCUUGGAAUCGCUUCAGAUUACCUUCCGCCGUGACCCCACCAACUUCCGGCCGCGUAUCAACAAGUCUGACUCAAUUAAGGACAAGGAGCAGAAGUUGGCUGGUAACUACUUCUUCUUGGAAUCCGAAGCUUAGAGAUAUCUGAGCAAUUAAAUAUAUGGCCAUUGUCCUGAGAUCGUGAAGUAGGAGGGAUUUGGAAGAUGCUGCCGGCCUUGUUCAGGGUUAUAGGGCCAUAAUUGCCUACAUAGAAUGCCGGCAUGGUAGGAAGGUCAUGGACAGGAUGUUGUUGAUAGCGUAAUUUUUUCCUGAUGCUGAGGCUAUGUUAGCCAUUUUCAUAUAUCAUCUUAAAUGCAUCAUGGGGUAAACAAGGAUAUAGUAGCGUAGACCUUCAUGCGUACGUAUAUCCAAGUUCAAAUAGCUGAUCAUGGCGAAAGAGUCAACUUUGAACAUUUCAAGAUCCGUAUGGUACACUUUCUAUGAAUCACUACCGUCUCAUGCCCCCCGGC